AUGGCUGAAGAAAAUCAUACCAUGAAAAGUGAGUUUUUCCUCACAGGAUUUACAGAUCACCCAGAGUUGAAGAGCCUUCUGUUGGUGGUGUCUUUGCCAUCUAUCUAUCUGAUUACCAUGGUGGGGAAUCUUGGCCUGGUGAUACUGAUUUCAAAAGAGCAUCAUCUUCACACACCAAUGUACAUGUUUCUGGGCAACCUGGCUAUUGUGGAUUCUUGCUGUGCCUGUGCCAUCACUCCUAAGAUGUUAGGGAACUUCUUUUCUGAGAACAGAAUGGUUUCCUUCUAUGAAUGUAUGGCGCAAUUUUAUUUCCUUUGCACUGUUGAAACUACGAGCUGCUUUCUCCUGGCAGCAAUGGCCUAUGAUCACUAUGUGGCCAUAUGCAGCCCACUGCAGUACCACAUCAUGAUGUCAAAGAAACUCUGCAUUCAGAUGACGACAGGAGCCUUCAUAGCUGGAAAUCUGCAUUCCAUGAUUCACGUAGGGCUUCUAUUUAGGUUAGCUUUCUGUGGAUCUAAUCACAUUAACCACUUUUAUUGUGAUAUUUUUCCUUUAUACAGACUCUCCUGUGCUGACCCUUAUGUCAAUGAACUGGUACUAUUUAUCUUUUCAGGUUCAAUUCAAGUUUUCACCAUAGGCAGUGUCUUAAUAUCUUACUUCCACAUUCUCUUUACUACUUUCAAAAUGAAAUCCAAAGAAGGAAGGGUCAAAGCCUUUUCUACCUGUGCAUCCCACUUUUUAUCUGUUUCAUUAUUCUAUGGAUCUCUUUUUUUCAUGUACAUUAGACCAAAUUUGCUUGAAGAAGGCAAUAGAGAUAUACCAGCUGCUAUUUUGUUUACAAUAGUAGUUACCUUACUAAAUCCUUUUAUUUAUAGCUUGAGACAUAAGGAAGUAAUAACUGUCUUAAGAAAAUUUCUGAAGAAAAAAAGAUUUCAUGAAAGUUGGAAACAAAUGACAUCUACUGUAACAGUGAUUUAA